CAGUAGUUUAUGCGACAAGACAGCGGAGUUAACGGGUCUGCCAAGUCAGUCCAGUCUGAAUGCUAAGUUUGAGGAGAUCUACGUUCAUAAUCACAUGAUCAUGCUGUCGUGCACCACCAGGGCCUUUUUUCUAUUCGGCCUGUCGGGUUGAGCGGAGGAGUUCUGGUUUGCUGCGCAGAUUCUGAGGUGCUCCUCUCCAGAAUUUUUUGCUCUUACAUGGUAACAGAGAGCUGAAGAAAAGAGAGUGAAGAUGGCAGUGUGGAUUCAGGCUCAGCAGUUGCAAGGGGACGCCCUGCACCAGAUGCAGUCUCUCUACGGCCAGCACUUCCCCAUUGAGGUUCGACACUACCUGUCCCAGUGGAUAGAGGGACAGCUCUGGGAUGCUGUAGACCUGGAGAACCCCCAGGAGGAGUUCAAGGCCAAGCGUCUCCUCGAAAGCCUCAUCCAGGAGCUGCAGAAGAAGGCCGAGCACCAGGUGGGAGAGGACGGCUUCCUGCUCAAGAUCAAACUGGGUCACUACGCCACACAGCUAAAGAACACAUAUGACCGCUGUCCUCUGGAGCUGGUGAGAUGUAUCAGACACAUCCUCUACACAGAGCAGAGACUGGUCAGGGAGGCCACCAAUUCGAGCUCUCCGGUGGGCGGGAUGCUGGACAGCAUGUCUCAGAAGUACCAGCAGAUCAAUCAGCUGUUUGAGGAGCUGCGCGUGAUGACCCAGGACACGGAGAACGACCUGCGCAAGCUACAGCACAACCAGGAGUACUUCAUCAUCCAGUACCAGGAGAGCCUGCGUAUACAAGCCCAGCUGAGCAGUCUGGCCAGCCUGCCCCCUGCGGACAGACAGCUGAGAGAACCAGCCCUGCUCAGCAAGAGAGCCACUGUAGAGGCCUGGCUCACCAGGGAGGCCAACACACUACAGAAAUACAGACUGGACCUGGCUGAGAAGCACCAGAAGACACUGGCCAUGCUGCGGAAACAGCAGACGGUCAUCCUGGAUGACGAGCUCAUCCAGUGGAAGAGACGCCAGCAGCUGGCCGGCAACGGAGGACCCGCUGAGGGAGGCCUGGACGUACUGCAGUCAUGGUGUGAGAAGCUGGCUGAGACCAUUUGGCAGAACAGGCAGCAGAUCAGGAGAGCGGAGCACUUGAGACAGCAGCUGCCCAUCCCCGGCCCCAUCGAGGAUCUGCUCACCGAACUCAACGGCACCAUCACUGACAUCAUAUCAGCCCUCGUCACCAGCACCUUCAUCAUAGAGAAGCAGCCCCCCCAGGUGCUGAAGACCCAGACCAAGUUUGCGGCGACGGUGCGUCUGCUGGUGGGGGGCAAACUGAACGUGCACAUGAACCCCCCGCAGGUCAAGGCCACCAUCAUCAGUGAGCAGCAGGCCAAAGCCCUGCUCAAGAACGAGAACACCAGGAAUGACAGCAGUGGAGAGAUCCUCAACAACAACUGUGUGAUGGAGUACCACCAGACCACGGGCACCCUCAGUGCACACUUCCGAAACAUGUCCCUGAAGCGGAUCAAGCGCUCGGACCGCCGGGGCGCGGAGUCGGUGACGGAGGAAAAGUUCACCAUCCUCUUCGAGUCGCAAUUCAGCGUGGGCAGCAACGAGCUGGUCUUUCAGGUCAAGACUCUCUCCCUCCCCGUGGUGGUCAUUGUUCACGGUAGCCAGGACAACAACGCCACGGCUACAGUCCUGUGGGACAACGCUUUCGCUGAGUCUGGAAGGGUGCCCUUCAUAGUGCCCGAUAAGGUGCUGUGGUCGCAGCUGUGCGAGGCUCUGAACAUGAAGUACAAGGCGGAGGUGCAAAGCACCCGGGGCCUGUCGGAGGAGAACCUGGUCUUCCUGGCCCAGAAGGCCUUCAGCAGCUCCAGCAGCAGCGCUGAGGACUACCGCAGCAUCACCAUGACCUGGUCCCAGUUCAACAGGGAAAGUCUGCAAAUGAGAAACUUUACCUUCUGGCAGUGGUUCGAUGGCGUCAUGGAACUCACUAAGAAACAUCUGAAGCCACAUUGGAAUGACGGUGCGAUCCUUGGCUUUGUGAACAAACACCAGGCUCAGGACAUGCUGAUGUCCAAACCCAACGGCACCUUCCUGCUGCGAUUCAGUGACUCAGAGAUUGGUGGCAUCACCAUCGCCUGGGUGGCCGAGAACCCCAACAAAGCAGGAGAGCGUAUGGUGUGGAAUCUCAUGCCCUACACAACCAAAGACUUCUCCAUCCGUUCGCUGGCAGACCGAAUCAGUGACCUGAACCAUCUGCUCUACCUCUACCCGGACCGGCCCAAGGAUGAGGUCUUCUCGAAAUACUACACCCCACCUCUCUCCAAAGCGGUGGACGGCUACGUCAAACCUCAAAUCAAACAAGUUGUACCAGAAUUCACAACAGCAAACGCUGACCCUGCGGUGAACCCAACCUACAUGGAUCAUGCAGCAUCGCCUGCUGUUAAUCAUCCACACAACUAUGGCCUCUACCCACCCAUGAGUGACCCCAUGCUAGACACUGAUGGCGACUUCGACUUGGACGACACCAUGGAUGUGGCGCGGCACGUGGAGGAGCUGCUGCGCCGACCGAUGGAGAGCCAAUGGAGCGGCCAGCAGUCCUGACAGCUGACCUUUCGACCUCUUACCUCAGCCCUCACUGCGGCCCUCACUGCGUCACCCAAGAUCGUCUCAUGCUGCCGUCCUCUCCCCUGUGUCUUCAAUGUGAAAUAUUGAUAAUAGUUGUGAAAUUUUAUAUUUUGUUUCUUGUCCUUUUUUUUCUCAGCAUGCUCGCUGCCUGCGUCUUUUUGAUUUCCCCCAGAUAUAAAUAAUUAAGACAUAAUGCGAAAUACAGUACAAUGCCAACAGUAAUGCAAAUGACAUUCAUUGGCUAUGUGAUAGUGACAAGAGAAAUCCAAAUGAGCACAUGCAUGUUUUUAUUUUGUAUUACUGUCAAUGACUGAAAUAUCUACGAUAGUGCAUUCAGCGUUCAGAAAUGUACCUGUUUUGUUUUGUAUUUUUUUUUUCCUAAUCUAAGAUGUACUUCAUUCAUAAUAGUCGCUGUCUUUUGACAAGGUCUUGUGAAGGAUAGCCGCAGACCUGCUUUGAGUGUCUAUGACAAUGUCUGUGCUUGUCUCUAUACACACACACACACACACACACACACACACACACACACAUUCUCAGUCUGUCCUCAAUCCGCCUCUCCUUCUCUAUCCUUUUCGUCACUGUGUUGUCUGUGUGCUUCUGUUUACUCAGUGUAGCUCAAAUAUUACAUGAUGUCUGUGCUAGAGUCGCCAUCUCCAGUUCAAGCCCACCUCUCUUUACACCUUUUAUCUUUGCGACUGGACCUUGUGGCCCUUUCUGCUUGCUGCAGUAACUGUGACUGGGUGAGCAGGUUAAGGCCUAGAGUAAGGAGUAGGGUAAAGAAACAGGUUGAGGAUUAUUCAGGUGUUCAUUGUAACCCCUUUGGGAGUCUGGGAUAUCCCCAGCCAUUUAGAAAUUGAAUUUUUUGGCAAAUGCUUUUAUCCAAAAUGCAUGUGGGUUGUAGUUGCACACAGCCACAUCGGAAGUGUAUGGACAAGUAUACAUUUGAUUGCUUUGAUAGCAAUACAGUGUGCAUCUGUAGCAGCUAAAAAAACAAAACAAAGAUGAGUUGUAAAAACAUUUCUGCACUAUGCAUCCAUCCUAGCUGAACAGCUGAAAACCUGUGCUGAAGGGGCUCUGUAGGCACUGUGCUGAAGUAACCAGAUAACAUUAGAACAUGCUAGAAUAUUCUAUGGGGUGAUGGUGAAUGAAGAUAACAUUACAGCAUGGUAGGACAGUGUAGCCUGUAGCGUGUAGCCUGCGUUGUGUAGACAACCACAGUGGACUCGAACUCGCAACCUCGGGCAUGGGCAUGCUAGCAAUGAGGCUAAAACCCAUGGAUGCUAACAUCUGUCGCGAGCACUUCUCUUAAGGUGCUGGGGAGUUCACUCACUGCACAACAUUGUACCCGCUGGCUACCGUUCCACGUUCAGCCUCUUUUAUCCUGUCACUCUCCCUCACUGACCACCUUCUCUCUCUCUCUCUCUCUCUCUCUCUCUCUGACCUCUCAUGUUCUCAGUGAAUGCAAGAUUGCCCUGCAUCUACACACGCACACAUACACACACACACAAACACACACACACUCAGGAGGAAGUAUUGGAUGGAUCUGUGAAAAUAGUGAAAAAAGAAUGAAUUCUAAACAUGCAAAGAAAUGAAUCUAUCUUUGUACAGGUCAAUGCUAACGUAAUCUAUUUUGUCUAACACUUUAUUACACAAAGCUUGUAGUCGUGUCCUUUAUCUCUGUCACCUGUGAACUGGCUUGCAAAGCCACCACUGUGUGUGUAUGUGUCCUAGUACCCUUACAGGUUAAAACGUGUAGGGCUGUACUGAAAAUGCCUGUGUCUGAUCAAAGAUAAUCCUCACGUGAGCCUCUCUUGGUUUGAAGAUUGGAAACACCUUGCGAAUGAGUGAAUGAGAUUGUGCUACUGAACAAACGGUUCCCUGGUAUUGAUAGGGGUGUUUUUGUUGCACACAGGCAACAUUAGCAAAUGAACUCCAAAAGAUUGCCCUUAAACGUCAACUCCAGUGUGUGUGACACAGCAGAGGUGUUCUCAUGACUAAGCUGAUAUGAAAAUUUGACAACCGUCCCCUAUGUUCCCCCUAUCCUCAGUCUGUCUUUGUUAUUUCAAGUUAGUGUUAUACUCUGUACUUCAAGGUUUUAUUUUGAAGAGACAAAAAAAAAUCCAAGAUUGUCAAGUGAUAUGUCUUUUUUAUUGCUCUCCCUUUCUUGUUUUUGUUUUUCUCUUGACUCUGACCUGUCUCGUUUUGCCUGUACCUUGUUUUCAUGAUGCUGUAGGUGGACACAUUCUAUGCGCGAGUGUGCAGAUGUGUACUCCUGUGUGUAUGUUUUGUCCUUGUGUGAAUGUGUGUGUGUGUGUGUGUGUGUGUGUGUGUGUGAGUGUGCGCGUGUGUGCGUUUGUGAUUCCUGUUUCAUGUUUGUCCUAUUUUGUGGUUUUUGGUUUUAGUGCUUGGAUAUGUCCAAGGAAAAAAAACAGCAAUUCAAGUCAAAUAAAGUUUUCUAAAUAAUUUCAGUGACAGAACUCCUGCUCCUAAGGAAAUGUGUUGUGUUUGAAUUUAUCAUCUGAUGUCAGAUCAUCUCUUUCAGCAUCAAAGAUAGCAAUUUAAACAAUAUUUUGUUAGUUUACUGUGCUGAAUUGAACAUUGUAUAUUUUUAAAGUUGCACACACGCACGUCAUGAAAGCAGAUCCAGACACUUUUAAAUUAGACAGCUGAGCACUGCCACAGUCAUGUGACCAAGUCCACUGAACUUGAAAGGCUUGUGAUAACAUACAGAAUAUUUCCAGGGGCUGUGGGCUGUGUUCUGUCCUCUCAGUUUCAUGCCAUGGUUGGAUGCCUACUAGAACAUUCCAAAUAGUCUGAUCCAUUAGAAGGACAGAAGGAUUACCUGCAUACUAAACCCACUUAUUGAUAGAUUACCUUCUAGAGCUGUGUCUCUUUCACCACAGGCUGAGGCACUCAGUUCUAUUUGUGAGGACUUAGGAUUUGUUGAUGUUUGGAGAACAAUUCACACUGUUGAUAAAGCGUCUACUUUC